UUUAUUUAUAUAUUAAGUUAAUUUUUACAUUAAAGAAUUACUUUUACCGCUAAAAUCACCCGCCAACUUUUUACCACGCUGACCAAUGCCCAUCUUUCGCGCCCCAGGAAGCUGAUUCGAAAGCAGAUAUCAGCCCCUUUCUCCCGCCAUCUUGCGUCGCAUCAAGGAAGCCUGCGAACCCAAGAACACGCGUCCCCGAUCUAUUUAAUCCUGCGCGCUUCGAUUCCUCCCAACUGCUCCUCGCCUCUUCUUCGGCUUCCUCCUCGCCCUCGCCGGACUCGUUGAUCUGCUGGUAGCGGAUGUAAUGACGACCUACUCACAUGAGCCUCGAGACCUCGCAUUUGAGAUGGCGGACAUCCGAUACGUUGUGGGAUCUGGAAUCCCCGAUCGCGUCAUCCUCCGAGCCCUGACUCUUGCCGGAUGGAACACAAACCGCGCCAUCAACAUUCUCUUCGACACCCCCAUGCUGCUGGCUGCCGACGAUCCAUUGCCUUUCGAAUCCUGUGAUGAUGGCUUCCCCGGCGCCGCAAGAGCCCAUUUCACCCCAUACCUCAAUCCGCGCCCGAUUUCAGCUUUAAGACCUGAUAUCGCCUAUCGGAGGCUUCAAUCGUUCUCUGCUCCGGAGACAGCAGAGCUUGAAGAGCUUCCUGUGGAUCCUGUUUGGUUUCUUGUGGCGAAGACUUGUGUCGCCGGCCUGUCAACGUGCAGAGGGAAGAAGCAGCUUGAUGCCGACGAGAUUGUACACUUCUCCUUUCCAUCCUUCGAGAAGAUCAAUACGAUUGGUAGGCGAUGGCUGGGCUCAAAGACGGAAGCGGCAGUGUCUCAGAUCGUGCGCUUCUCAACCAAGCGUGGUGGUGAGAUAGGGAGGUUUAAACCAGAGUGGAGUAAAUGCCUCAUUCCACUUGUGGGGUCGUCCAAAGUGAUGAUUCGUGGGCGAUGCGUAUUCUCAACCGUGCAACUUAGCUUAAUGCAAGAGAUUAAAAGGGCUGACUUUACUCCUGAAGAACUUAAGAAGCGAAAGAGAUCUCUAAACCUAGAAGGUGCUGAUGAAGAUGAAUCUAUGCAAAUAGCAGGCCUCAAAAAGCAACAGAGAAGGGGCCAAACUUAUCCUGAACGAAGCAAGGGUGAGCAAGCAAUCUCGGAAUCAUCUCUGAAUAAACUUGUUGGGGCUGCUGAGAUUUAUGAUUUAGAGGAAGCAGAGCCCCCAUGUACCCUUGUUUCUGAUCUACAUCCGUACCAGAAACAAGCUCUUUACUGGAUGUCUGAAUUGGAGAAAGGAAUUGAUGUUGAGCAAGCAUCCAAAACUCUUCAUCCAUGUUGGUCCGCAUACAACAUUCUUGACAAAAGAGUAUCUGCGGUGUACGUAAAUGUCUUCACAGGCGAAGCUACGACUCAAUUUCCAAGUGCUAUGCAGAUGGCAAGAGGCGGAAUCUUGGCAGAUGCAAUGGGUCUAGGGAAGACUGUCAUGACAAUUGCUUUAAUACUUGCAAGACCCAGUGGAGAAAGGUCAGAUGACCAGGACACUUUUAUGAAGUGUGGUAAAGGCUCAAAGGAAGUGCAAAAGGCCAAAAGAAAAUUUUCCAAAGUAAAAGGUGGCACCCUAAUUGUGUGUCCAAUGGCAUUGUUGGGCCAAUGGAAGGAUGAGCUGGAAAACCAUUCAAAGCCAGGGUCAUUGUCUGUCUUUGUUUAUUAUGGUGGUGACAGAAUAAAUGACCUUAAAGUGAUAUCAGAACAUGAUGUGGUUUUAACAACAUAUGGAGUCUUGGCAUCAGCUUAUAAAUCUGACCCAGAAAAGAUUAGCAUCUUCCAUGAAAUAGAUUGGUACAGAGUGGUGCUAGAUGAAGCCCACAGCAUCAAAUCAUCAAAGACAGUAGUUGCUCAAUCAGCCUACGCAUUGAAUGCAUACUCAAGGUGGUGCCUAACGGGUACUCCUCUUCAGAAUAGCUUGGAAGAUCUCUACAGUCUUCUUUGCUUCUUACAUGUUGAACCGUGGUGCAACUGGGCAUGGUGGCACAAGUUGAUUCAAAGACCUUAUGAGGAUGGGGAUGAACGAGGAUUAAAAUUGGUUAAGGCCAUUCUAAGACCGUUAAUGCUGAGGAGAACAAAGGACACAAAAGAUAGGAAUGGAAAGCCUAUUCUUGUUCUUCCUCCUGCCAAUUUCCGAACUGUAGAAUGUGAACAAUCUGAAGCUGAGCGUGAUUUCUAUGAAGCUCUAUUCGAGAGAUCAAAGGUUAGAUUUGAUCAAUUUGUUGCACAAGGCAAAGUUCUUCACAAUUAUGCUUCCAUUUUGGAGCUUCUGCUUCGAUUAAGGCAGUGCUGCAACCAUCCUUUUCUUGUAAUGAGCCGGGGAGACACCCAGGAGUAUGCAGACCUCAAUAAGCUUGCCCGCCGAUUUCUUGUAGCUUCCCAUUUGAAUCCUCUCCCCACACCAGCCUACGUCGAGGAGGUCGUCGAAGGCAUCCGCAGAGGCGAGGUGACCGAGUGCCCAAUUUGUCUGGAGUCAGAUUCCGAUGACCCGGUGCUCACUCCAUGCGCCCACCGGAUGUGCCGGGAGUGCCUGCUCUCGAGCUGGCGAACUCCAGCAGGCGGGCCAUGCCCGAUCUGCCGCAGCCCCCUCAGCAAAGCUGACCUUAUCACAUGCCCAAGCGAGAGCCGGUUCCAGGUCGAUGUGGAGAAGAACUGGAAGGAGUCCUCGAAGGUGACAAAGCUCAUUAAAUACCUCAAGAGAGCUCAGAGGUCAGGGGAGAAGAGCAUUGUCUUCAGCCAGUGGACUGCAUUCUUGGACUUGCUUGAGAUACCUUUGAGGAAAGGGAUUGGCUUCCUGAGGCUCGAUGGCAAGCUGAGCCGGAAGAAGAGGGAGAUUGUGCUGAAGGAGUUCAGUGAGAGCAGAGACAAAAUGGUACUACUUAUGUCACUCAAGGCUGGAGGCGUAGGCUUGAAUCUGACUGCAGCAUCAAAUGUCUUCCUUAUGGAUCCAUGGUGGAAUCCUGCAGUGGAAGAGCAAGCAAUAAUGAGAAUUCACCGAAUCGGGCAGAAACGGCAGGUUCGAGUGAGGAGGUUCAUCGUCAAGGAUUCUGUGGAAGGGAGGAUGCAGCAGGUGCAGGCAAGGAAGCAGAGGAUGAUUGCUGGUGCCCUAACUGAUGAGGAAGUCAGAAGUGCCCGGAUUGAGGAGCUCAAGAUGUUAUUUAGAUAAGAAAUGCCACUAUUUGCACUAACAAUAUCUAAGCAGCGCACAGUUUCACAAAGUAGGCAGCUAAGAAGUCCAUAGCUUCUACCCUCUUUUUGAUUUCCACGUUUCGAGGGGAGUUUCCAUCAAGGUUUUGAGGCAUUCCUUUUGUAGAUUGUUGCACUCAGAAUGCCAUUUUUGUAAAGUCUUUCCUGCCCGUAACAAGUCUGGAUGGACUAUGUUGAAAGGGUGUUUAUAUGGAUCUUGAAAUGGGGAUUUAAAAUGUGCAGUUAAAUGUGGUUUAUUA